AUGUCGAUACUCACUUACUUGCUCACAGCGCUGUGGCCGCUACAUUCGGCCGCGCUUCCCUCGCAGGCGAGUGCUGUGCCCUCUAUACCGCACAAUAGCUUGUCUCGAGCAACGAACGAGACAACAAUUUUCUGGUCAAAUUGUACAGGGUUGAAGACAAAACUAAAUCUCGAAUGUGCGAACAUCACCGUGCCUCUCGAUUGGGAUCGUCGCUCUUCGCAUGAGAACAUCACACUUGCCCUUGCCCGUAUUCCUUGCACAGAGCCAGCCUCCCGCGUUGGUACUCUUGUGUUCAAUCCAGGUGGUCCAGGGGAAGGGGCUAUUGGCAGUCUAGGAGUCUUUUCCGAUAACAUAAAGAAAUAUUUCGACCUUGUCGCUAUGGAUCCUCGAGGUACAGGAAGGAGCGAUAAAUUCAAAUGCCCGCGUAGACAGUUCUUCUGUCCCAAAGGUUUCCCGCAGACAGAGACGGAAUACGAAGCUCUUGCUAACGUCGCUCGAGAUCUGGAAGCGGUUCGAAUCGCUCUCGGCGAGGGAAAGCUGAACUUCGUGGGUUUCUCAUACGGCGCACAACUGGCAGUCACAUAUGCGGAACUCUUCCCAACGAAUUUCCGAGCGAUGAUGAUCGAUGGCGUCUCCGACAAUACUGUCAGCCAACUAGAAACGUCAAUGAGACACGUCAACGGCUAUCGAGAGGGCUUUGAGCGAUUCGCUACGUGGUGUGACUCCAGCCUUGCUUGCAUGCUCCACGGCCGCCAUGUCCACAAGAUACUCGACCAAGCUCUCGUCAAAGCUGGCGACGAUGCGAACUGUCUAUCAGACAACCUAGCCAUGUGGAUAAUCGAAGGAUGGUGGGGAGCAUUGGCAGAACGCCUGGCCAUUGCAGCUGGCGAAGACGACAUCGUAGCAAGGUACUCCAGUCGCCUGAUGGCCACCUUUUCGGAUCUUCCGAAGCGGCCUUCCUACACUUACAACUACACCGAACUCUCACCGCCUUGUGAGUCGCACGUGCAGUCUGAGCGCGCACGCAUGGCUCACAUCGCUGUCCACUGCCUCGAUGCGCCCCUCACCAGCCCCAGCCUGUCCGACUUCACCCAACAGCAGCGCAUCAUCGACGCUUCCAACUCCUCGCUGAAAGAUUUUGGCGCCGACAAAGAACUCGCUGCGACCUGCAUCGGCUGGCCAUUUCCCCCCAGGAAUCCUUCCCAUCGGCUGAACUUCUCGGUUGAGAUCCCACCGAUCUUGGUCGUCAACUCUUUGCACGACUAUCGAACGCCCUAUGCAGGCGCUGUGAAUAUACAGAACCAGCUGCCCAGUUCUGUGUUGUUGACCACGAAGGUGAAUAGUCACUGCUCGUAUGAUUAUGAAGGUAGUCCGGCAACAAGUGUCAUGGAGGAGUAUAUGAUUAACGGGAAGUUGCCUGUUCCAGGGACGGUGUUGGAUACCUGA